UUCGUUAGAUUCCAUCACAAUCCUACAGUUGUCCUUAACGUUUGAAAUUCUCGUUUACCCGAAUAUACUCUUAUCCGCAUCACAAUGGCAUCUAUCAGUUACUAUUUUAUUGUUUUAUCUGUCUGUGUUGUCUGUACGUUUGCAUCUGUUGGCAAAUUUGAUAGAGAUGACUUACUUAUCUAUAAAGAAACUGAUGAUGAGGCUUUUAUGAUGUUUGCAGAACAAGAUAAUGUAAAUCCACAACAUAAAGAUACAAAAAUAUAUAAGCAUCACGUCAAUCUAGAUCCGUUCUUAGUUAUAAAACCAGAUUUCGAGUCUCUUGCCUACGUUGAUGUUAUCUAUAAGCUUCAUGAACUCAAGAUACUUGGUGAUGAAAAGUUCGGAAAACAAAUUGUAUUUAAUACAUCUGGACUGCUCUUUGACAAUAUAUUUAUCAAAGAAGAAUGAUACUUUUUGGAAUACAAAAAAAAAAACUUUUUAUUGUAAGAACCAUGAAUAAAAUAAUAAACCUAAUCACAAUUAUUGUCGAAUAACGAUACA